CAGAACCUCAUGAGCCGCGUCCAGCUCCGCCCGCCCUUCCUCGACACCAACUCCUUCCUCACCCAGGACCUCGACGACUUCCUCCUCAACGAGUUCGCCGCGCUCUCCGCCGCCGCGGGCGACUCCGACCACGAUGAUGACGACGAAGAAGAAGAAGGCCUCUCCGACGGGGAGGGCUCCGGGGAGGCCAGGCGGCGCCGCACGCUGUCGAGGGAGGAGACCAAGCUGGAGAAGGAGAUCGUCAGGAUGGUGCUCGCCGGGGACGCGGACGACGCCCUCAAGCCCAACUCGGGCCAGUCCGUGGCCGUCGGCGACCACCACGUCUGCGUCGGCUUCCACGACGACGCCGGCGGCGAGUACCGCGUCUGGGAGUGGCACGGCCACGUCAUGCUCUUCGACGACGAGGACGGCUACUCCGCCGAGUACAUCUACGGGAACCACUUCGAGCCGCUCGCCGCCGCCACCGCCAGGGCCAAGCAGAAGGACAAGGAGAAGAGGGAGAAGGACCUCACCUCGGGCCUCCGGGAUUUGAUUGUGGGGGAUGGGGACACUGCUGCUAGUAAUAAUGGCCUCAAGUUGAGUGGCAAUGGCGGAGGGCACAGGGUGGUGCGCAGGAACGUCGUCAACGCCCCCGCAGCGCCUGCAAGAUAAGAGUAGGAGGCUGAGUGAGGACACAGGCACAGGUCGUCAGCAAGAAGAACAAUUCUAGAAUGCAAAGACGGCCAGUGUGAAGAUGAUUGCUUCUUAUUACUUCCUAAUAAAGCAGGCAGGCCCGGGAACGCGGUCGGAAAUCGUGCGCCGGGAAAAACCUGGAAGUGGCAUGGCGUUUGCCAUCAAAUGAAGUGGUAAAAAUGGCUAGCAGUUACCAUCGCUCGUUCUAGCGGUCCCUUCUUUUCAACCUUGUUUUGAAACGGCAGGCAUCAGCUCCUUGACUUGUGCACCUAUCUAUAUUUGCUGUGUUUGAUGUAUACUGGACUGGAGUUGUAUCCUUUUAAAGCUGCUGCAACUGCGGCGCUUGUUCAGAGCAGACUGUAUGUCUCUGUGCACGCGAUGAUGUUCAGGAAACUAGGCUGGGCCGCGAAUCUGAGGAACGUCUGUUUAUGUCUG